GGCUGCAUUAUUCAACUGUGUACGUAAUGAUGUGCACACGAAGCUGGAAGACAUGCAACGAGGCUGCUAUGGAGGCAUUGGAGGGAGUAUUCUCUACGAUGUCCAUUGAAGAUAACUCAGUUGAAGGGGCAGAACCUGGGGGUCCAGGAAUGGUGUUCAUGAGAUCACCAUUUGGCCAUGAAGACUAAUUACCGAAGAUUUCUUUGCUGUGGAGCCAAGACUUGUUGGCUGCUGCUUGCUGAUCUGAACUGCUCAAUGCUGGCUGUUAUUGGAAAUUUGGAAUGUUGUUGUUGUUGGUCUUAGUAGUUGAUAGGGGUUGUUGUUGCUUUUAGAUUGCAUUUUGGACAAAUUUUUAAUUUCAUUUUCCUUGCUUUUGGAUUCUACUC